CGUAAAGUACAAUUUAUUGAAUUUAUAUCAGUGAAGGAAACAUAUUCAAAGAUGGAUUAUGAUCGAACAUCAGAUCCUAAUGCUACUUGCACUCGACUUACGCCAGAGAUUGCACAGAAAAUCAAAAAUGAACUGAAUAUUUACAAAUUACAUGAAAUGAAAGUUCAUGACUAUAGUAGAAUG